AUUCUCCUCCAUUUGUCAGUUCGUUUCGGUCUCGGUCGUCGUCGGACGGUGAAUGAGGUUUCAGUUUUUCGGGCUAAAAUCAAUCCGCGAGUGAAAUUUUUUUAUUGUGUGUGACCAAAAGAAAGUUUUGACAACUCUCUUCCGGAACCGAGGAAUCUCUGCCUCCAUCGUUGUUGGCGGAACCUGUGGCCCAGCGCACCUUGCAGAACUCAACAACUUGACGAAGCGUUUCGCUGAUCAACAGAACCACACACACACACACAAAAUCAACCUCUCAACCAAGUCACAGUCAGACAGAGCGGACCAGGACAAACUGAUCUACUGAACCAGCACCAACGCCGUCAACAUGUCCGCGAAAGCGAUACGCGAAGCCACCGGCAAGGACAUCAUCAGUCGACACCUCGCGGCCUCCGGUGAGCACGGUGCGGCCAAGUGCCGGUUCGCGUCCGUCGAUGAGACGACACAGUGGCCGCAGCUCGUGGCCGACCAUCCCUGGCUGGAGACUACCCCCCUCGUCGUCAAGCCGGACCAGCUGAUCAAGCGGCGCGGCAAGCUCGGCCUGAUCGCCGUCAACAAGAAGUUCCCCGAUGUGAAAAAGUGGGUGGACGAGCGCAUGGGCAAGGACCAGAAGGUGGGCAACGCGACCGGCAAGCUGCGCAACUUUAUCAUCGAGCCGUUCGUCCCGCACAAGGAUAACGAGGAGGCGUACGUUUGUAUUUACUCGCACCGGACGGCGGACACGAUCCUGUUCUACCACCAGGGUGGCGUGGAUAUUGGCGAUGUGGACGCGAAGGCACUUAAACUGGAGGUACCUGUUGGCACGGAUGUCACCGCUGAAAGCAUCGAAAAGGUGCUGCUGACCGAGGUGGCAGCCGGCAAGAAGAAGCGCAUCGCCAGCUUCGUGUACAAUUUGUACAAACUGUACGUAGAUCUGUACUUUACGUACCUGGAGAUCAACCCGCUGGUGGUGACGGACAGUGCGAUCUACAUUCUGGAUCUGGCGGCCAAGGUCGAUGCAACGGCUGAUUUCAUUUGCCGUCCAAAGUGGGGCGAGAUUGACUACCCGCCGCCGUUCGGUCGGGACGCGUACCCGGAGGAGGCGUACAUUGCCGAUUUGGACGCGAAGAGUGGUGCCUCGCUGAAGUUGACGAUCCUCAACCGAAACGGGCGGAUAUGGACGAUGGUUGCGGGUGGCGGCGCCAGUGUGAUCUACUCGGAUACGAUCUGCGACCUGGGUGGUGCCUCGGAGCUGGCCAACUACGGCGAGUACAGCGGAGCGCCGUCCGAACAGCAAACGUACGAGUACGCCAAGACCAUCCUGAGUCUGAUGACGAGCAGUCCGAAGCACAAGGACGGCAAGGUGCUGAUCACCGGUGGAGGCAUUGCCAACUUCACCAACGUGGCUGCGACCUUCAGCGGUAUUAUCACGGCACUGCGCGAGUUCCAGCAGCGGCUGAUCGAGCACAACGUCUCGAUCUUCGUGCGUCGCGCCGGUCCCAACUACCAGGAAGGUUUGCGCAAGAUGCGCGAAAUCGGCAGCACUCUGGGCAUCCCCCUCUACGUGUUCGGUCCGGAAACCCACAUGACCGCCAUCUGCGGCAUGGCCCUCGGUCGCAAGGCCAUCCCCAAGAGCUGCAACGUACACUUUGCCACCGCAAACUUUUUGCUCCCUGGCGGACAACAAGCGGCGGACGCCGCCAAGAAGGCCUCCGGUGCGGGAAGCAGCAGUGACGCCGUCAACGGAGCAUCGGGAGCGUCGUCGGUGAAGUAUGCCCACGCCAAGGUCGGUUCCGGCGAGUACCAGCGGAUGUUCAGCAAGGGCACGAAGGCGCUCGUCUGGGGCAUGCAGACGCGGGCCGUCCAGUCCAUGCUGGACUUUGACUUUAUCUGUCGCCGCGACGAGCCGUCGGUGGUCGCCAUGGUGUACCCCUUCACCGGGUACCACAAGCAAAAGUUCUACUGGGGCCACAAGGAGGUGCUGAUUCCGGUCUACUCCAAGAUGUCCGACGCGAUCAACAAGCACAAGGAGGCGGACGUGCUGGUCAACUUUGCGUCGCUCCGUUCGGCGUACGACAGCUCGGUUGAGGUGCUGGACUACCCGCAGAUCCGCACGAUCGCCAUCAUCGCCGAGGGCAUUCCGGAGAAUUUGACCCGCAAGCUGAACGUGGCCGCGCGUUCGAAGAACGUUUCGAUCAUUGGGCCGGCGACGGUUGGUGGGGUGAAGCCGGGCUGCUUCAAGAUCGGAAAUACUGGGGGGAUGUUGGACAACAUUUUGCACUCGAAGCUGUACCGGCCGGGCAGUGUGGCUUAUGUGUCGCGGUCGGGUGGAAUGUCCAACGAGUUGAACAAUAUUAUUUCGUUGACGACGGACGGCGUGUUUGAGGGUGUGGCCAUUGGCGGGGAUCGUUACCCGGGGACGACGUUUAUGGAUCACAUUCUGCGGUACCAGGCCGAUCCGGACGCGAAGAUGCUGGUGCUGCUGGGUGAGGUCGGUGGCGUUGAGGAGUACGAGGUGUGCGAGGCGCUUCAGAAUGGUCGUAUUACGAAGCCGUUGAUCGCGUGGUGCAUUGGAACGUGCGCUGGGAUGUUUACGUCGGAGGUGCAGUUUGGUCACGCUGGGUCAUGUGCUAACUCGGACCGCGAGACGGCUACGGCCAAAAACAAGUCGCUGGCGGCGGCCGGAGCGCACGUUCCGGACUCGUUCGACACGCUGGGUGAUUUGAUUGGCUCGGUUUAUGGCGAUUUGGUCAAGAGCGGGGUGAUCGUGCCGGCCGAUGAGGUUCCGCCGCCGACGGUUCCGAUGGAUUACUCGUGGGCGCGCGAGCUGGGUCUGAUCCGUAAGCCGGCCUCGUUCAUGACGUCGAUCUGUGACGAGCGUGGCCAGGAGCUGCUGUACGCCGGCAUGCCCAUUAGUGAUGUGCUGCAGAAAAACGUCGGAAUUGGGGGUGUGGUUUCGCUGCUGUGGUUCCAGCGCUGCCUGCCGCCGUACGUGUGCAAGUUCUUCGAGAUGUGUCUGAUGGUGACUGCGGACCACGGGCCUGCGGUGUCCGGUGCGCACAACACGAUCGUGUGCGCUCGUGCCGGCAAGGAUCUGGUUUCGUCCGUCGUCAGCGGACUGUUGACCAUCGGUGACCGCUUCGGAGGCGCGCUGGACGGUGCCGCCAAGCAGUUCUCGGAGGCGUACGACUCGAACCUGCACCCGAUGGAGUUUGUCAACAGCAUGAGGAAGAAGGGUCAACUGAUCAUGGGCAUCGGGCACCGCGUCAAGUCGAUCAACAACCCGGACAUUCGCGUCAAGAUCAUCAAGGAGUUUGUGAUGGAGAACUUCCCGGCCAAGCCACUGCUCGAGUACGCGCUCGAGGUCGAGAAGAUCACGACGAGCAAAAAGCCGAACCUGAUCCUGAACGUGGACGGCGUGAUCGCGACCAGCUUCGUCGACAUGCUGCGAAACUGCGGCUCGUUCACCAGCGAGGAGGCCCAGGAGUACAUCAACAUUGGCGCCAUCAACUCGCUGUUUGUGCUGGGCCGCAGCGUUGGCUUCAUCGGCCAUUACAUGGACCAGAAGCGCCUGAAGCAGGGUCUGUACCGCCACCCGUGGGACGACAUCUCGUACGUGCUGCCGGAGCAGUACAACUAAGCUGCGAGCUGCUGAACUAACCAACGUAAACGGGGUCGAAAAGGCUGAACCUGACAAAGCACAACAAGUUUAGUGAGAGGUUUGUUUUUCAUCGAAUGCAAUUUAUUUGGGGAAAACACUAGGAAAGAAGUUGAAGAAAAAAAGCAAGCAGAAUCUCGGCGAAGCAAAAAAUGCAACAAAAAAAAAGAUGGACUAGAUUAUAGUGAUGAAAAGAUUUCCUACACAAACAAACAAACAAAAAAGGCAAAAUGCACAUCCAACUCAUUCCAUACGAUAGUUUCUGUUUUGUGCGAGCGCGCGAGAGUCCCGUUUUACCCCGUUUAUCUAUCUAUCUUUACUUCAUUCCCACCAAACCCCCCGCUUUUCCAAUUCCUUCUCGCGGUUUAUCAAACCUGAUAAAUAUGCAUUUAAAAAUCUUUCCCUUCCUUUGAUGUAAUCAAAAAAAAACUUUACAGACUCUUUCAUUACACACAAACAAAAAAUAUGGUGAGCGAAACAAAAGAAGAGAAAAACAACAGGAUCGCCAUACAAAACAAUCGCAUGAAGAUAGAGAGAGAUAAUCUAGAAAAAAAACGAACAUUCAAUGGAGUGGAAAUUAUUUAAAUUCAAAUCAAACCUAAGUUAUUUUCUCUUAUUUGCUAAGCAUCAUUAUUAGGAGUGUUUUUGAGGAAGAGCACAGACAAAAUGCAAAAUCGGCAAAGUUUAUAGUUUCUAGCAAAGGGGAUCUCUAUGUGGAAAGGAAAAAGCGAAAAAAAAAAUCGAAGAGAUCCGUACAAGUUUCGUUCAUUUAGGUUAGACACUAUUUUUCUCCCCCCUAACUUUAGUUUUGUGGUUUCUUUUUUCCUUUACACUUUCAUUUCUUUCCAUUCAUUCAUUUCGCGUUAGGAGGAAACUGAUAAUUUUUGUUUAUUUUUUUUGCGCUAAUUUUAGUAGACGAAUUAGUUUUGUACUAAAGAUUGUCCCAAACCCUAGACUCGGCAGGAUGUAUCAUUGAUUUAAACUGUUUUUGUUUUGUAAGCGAAAAUCAUUGAUUUUUACAGUUUUAUUGUAAUAAACUGAUGAACAUUCUUCUUCGAACAAGCGUUUUCUUUUUGGUUUUGUUUUCUUUUAUCUCUUUUCCCCCCAAAACAAACUUUGAAGCAGUACUGCGAUACACUAGAAGGCGAUAUCGAUGUUGAAUAUUGUUGACAAAAAAAAAACAACUGUUUUCUGCACCGUCCACGGACAACUGCGUAGCGAAAUUGCACAUGAAACAAAUAAAAUAAAAUAAAGCAGCCUAAAAUGCGCUACCAACUGUUGAAGCAAAACGAGCACAAGCACUGCACAAACAAAAUGUUAUAAAACAAUGUGAAGAAUAAGACUUCCAACAAGCUGCACCCGGGUUUGGCACACACACACUAGAAGAGAGAAAAAAACUGCACCGACGUUUUCAGUGUGAGUAGUAAGUAUUUGUAUUAUGGCAAAGGUGGACUAAAAUGCCUUUUUGAAAGCAAAAUAACGUAACACGUGGUAUCGCAGUAUGGAAUCAUAAAAAAAAACAAAUAUUGAAGAGUAAAUAUAGAUCGCUAUAUGAAA